CGCAGCUUUUCAGGAACCUCCCUUCCUCUUGAAACAAAGCAUUUUUCUCAAGCGACUUUUACAUGCAUUGACUGCCGCUUUAAAUAUAAAGUGGGUUGGGAACAGCCAACAAACUUUCCACUCAGUCCACUUCCUUAUUGGAGGUAAAAUGGAGCUAGGUUUUACUGACGGAAAUUGUUAUGAGAAAAAGUUUGACUCUCGGAUUUAUUUGGAAACAUAUUAUGCUUCUCCGCUUGGUAAUCCAAUGGAAAAUGAUUUUUUGCCUUUUGUUCUGAAGAAUUUGGUAAAAGUCUUUUCCAGGGGUUCAAGAUUCCACACACUGCUUGAAAUUGGAUGUGGUCCCUGUCUUCACUGCGCUCUCUGUGCCAUGGAGCAUGUGGAGGAACUUGUUUUGUCUGAUUAUGCUUCCAACAAUCAUCAGGAAAUUGAGCAGUGGCUACAAAAUGAUCCAAGAGCUUUUGACUGGAGCCCAAUUGCAAAAUUUGUGUGUGAACUGGAAGGCAACAGGGAAAAAUGGCCCGAGAAAGAAAAGAAACUGAGAGAUUCCAUCAAGCAAAUUUUGAAGUGUGAUGUUCAUCAAAAUAACCCUCUGUAUCCUGUGGAAUUAGAGCCCGUUGACUGUCUGAUGACUUCUUUGUGUCUGGAAGCUGCCUGUAAAGAUAAAGUAGCUUACUGCACUGCAGUUAGAAAUGUAACCUCUCUGUUAAAACCUGGUGGGAAGCUCAUUAUGAUCUCUGUUUUGAACGAGACCUUUUAUACAGUGGAUAAGUACAAGUUCUCAUGCCUGAAACUUGAUCAGGCCUUUUUGGAAAAAACUUUGAAGGAGGCAGGUUAUGAAAUAGAACAAUCUGAAAUGUUUAUUGCUCCUAAAACUGUAAAUACUACAUCAGACUGUGAGGCAGCAAUCUUCUUGGUUGCUCGCAAGAGUGUUUUGUCCUGAAUCAGUAAUGCAACUGUUGUAGAUUUAUUCUGUUGAACUCUGACUAAAGUUUUAACAAUUAAAGCACAUUAUUAAAACAAA